CAACGACGACAAAAGAAUGUAUGCGCUUCACCGCAUGGCCUUCUAAACAGAGUAAGCUAUGUCUUAAGGUCCACAUCACUUAGUGCACACCAUCACACACUAAUACAGAUCAUUCUGAUUAUUCAUCCGGUUAGAACAUCAUAGCCGUAUCCGUGGGCUGCCAAGAUUUAAUCUCUAGGAAGUAAAACUCUCUGCAUACAAUGGGGAACCACAAUGAUAGUACGCAUGUCGGUACACACGCCACUCCUCCAGAGAAUGGCACAGACACAAGUACUAUACAAAACACGGCCGCCCCAGAUGACACACACGUGACAGCGUGUGACACUUCAAGUAGGAGUGUUAUGCGUGCAACGCCAUUCAAUGCGGCAUCUAUGUCUGAAGAUAUGACUGUAUCUGAAGAUUCGCCUGUAGUUGACCCAACGGGAGCAUGUACGCGCGUAUCACAGUAUCUUUCUAAAAUGAAAGGCCAGAGAGACAAGCCUUUACCAAUUCCUGAUCUUCUAUCUCUCACACUCAUGGCAAUUGCAUCCUUUCUGUCUAUUGGCACACUUAGUCUAAUCGAGUACCUCCCAAGCAGUGCAAUAUCGUCUUCAGACUACACACAGGUGUUAGGUAGUUUUGGUGCAUCCGCUAUCUUGGUAUACGGGCUUCCCAACGCACCGCUUUCUCAGCCCAGAAACCAAAUUGUAGGACAGUGUAUAGCCGGUCUCAUAGGCAUCGCCUGCAGGCUAUUAAUCGCCGACAACAUGGGUGGCAAUAUAAUCCUAGCACUCCCUGUGUCUAUCACUUUGUGCAUACUGUGCAUGGCUGUGACGCAGAGCUUCCACCCACCCGCAGGGGGCACUAAUCUAAUUAUGGUACUCAGCUCAACUACCUCAGACAUCGGGUUCGGAAUGAUGGUUCCGGUUAUAUACGGCACAUUAGUCAUGCUAUUCUGGGCGUUGGUUACCUGCAACUUAAACCCCCGGGUGGCCUUCCCAAAGUACUGGUUUGGCUUCAAACAUAUACUCGGGAUACCAUUCUAUAAGAAGUCAAAGCCAGAUAUGGAUGUUAUUGCGCCAAGUAAGGCAUCGAAAAGUGCAUCCAAAGCAGAGAUGGGUGUAGAUGUGCGCGGGCUGGUGGCUGUCGAGGCCAGUACCCGAAUUAGAGCGUGUUCGUGCGAUUGUACGUGUGGAGCGCAGGAAGAAUAAGAAUGGGCGGUAUCCACAUACAUUUUUUAGUAGAGGGUGAAUGCGAACGUAAACGUAUACACAUUCCUCUGAGUGCAAACGUGCCACAUAUACAUACCCAUGUACAGAAUCACACACACCACAUAGCCUGGCGAAUGACGACAUAACGGAGUAUACAUAUACGUAUAUUCUAAACAAUAGACGCAGGAUGGUUAAGCCUUGGCGAUGCCACUAGUAAAGCCGCAGGCAUUAGAAUAUUUCGUAGCGCUCUAACCCUGGGGCACCAAUGAUCAUUGAUAUCCCGCGCAGGUGAUGGAUCGUAUCUGCUUAGCCCUGCUAGUAACAACGCUUGCUUGUGGGAGUGCGUGCACAUGCUGCAAUCACUUCUAUAGCAUGCGGAUGUGGGUGGGAUGGUGUCUCGGCUAAGUGAUUGAAUACUGUACCAUAGGGUAAUUGUUAAGUAAGCCGAGUGAUGCACCCGUUUGGCACUACUAGGAGAAGUCACGCCUUGUCAUACAAAGGAGUUCAAGGCCUCCAAAUACACACAGCUCAGAUGAUGUACCCUUACGAGUCCCAGUUGAAAUACACUGAUAAGACCAGUAUCUCUUGGCUCGGAAGGGCCUAAAACCGAGCGAAUUAGAGUAGCUCUAGCUACAAAUAACGAUAGACGAAAUUAGAAUCAAUCAUAGCCUUUCUAAAGUAGACAAUCAAUUUAAUAAAAUGACAAAAUGAGCGGAUGCGAAGCUCAGGUGCA